AUGUUUGAACUGGAGCUUUCAGCAGAAGAGUGUGAGGAAAAGGCAGCAGCUGUUCUCCCUGAAACCUGCAUGCAGCAUUUGGAAAGCAGUGACUGGAAAGAACGGAUUUCCAGCAUGGAGACCCUUCAAAAGACUGUUGAAGAAAUGAAGAAAAGCAAGAUACCCUGCCAAGCCCUGGUGAGAUUGCUGUCACAGAGAAGCAAGGAGACAAAGCUCCAGGUGGUGCAGAAGAAACUUCAGACCAUCACUUUGCUAGCUCAGAAAGGGAACUUCUCCAGAACAUCUGCUCAAAUUGUCUUGGAAAAUGUAGUGGAAAUGGUGGGAGAUGUGUUAUGCAGCGACAAUGCAAAAGAAGCCCUGACAGCUAUAGCAGAAGCAUGUUCAUUGCCUUGGACUGCAGAGAAAGCUAUGUCACUGGCUUUCUCACAGAAUAACUAUAGGACCCAGUCCAUGAUCUUGAAAUGGAUAUCAAACGCAAUUAUGGAGUUUGGCUUUGUGGGAAUGGAGGUUAAGAUGCUCAUAAGUCCCCUGAAGGUUGCACUUGCUGCUGUUCACCCAGAUGUACAGACAUCAGCCAUCACCCUGCUGGGGGUUAUUUACCUGUACAUGGGAGACUCAUUGAGAACACUGAUAGAGAAUGAAGGGCUUCCUCUUCUGGCACAGAUAAAUGCUGAGCUGGAGAAGGUGUGUGGGCAGAUCCCACCAAUUCCCUGUCGUGCUAACCCCAUGCCAUGCCUGCAUGACAGGAUUCAGGAGGACUUAGGGGAGCACGGGAGGACUGAGGCCAUAGACAUUGGUGACAGGAUCACAUCAGAACUGGUGUCAAAGCUGCAAGAAAAGAACUGGGAAGUGCAAAAGGAAGGGUUGGAAGAGAUUGCAGGCAUCCUCAAGGAUGCUAGAUUCAUCCAGCCAAACAUAGGAGAGCUUCCAAGAGCCCUGAAGGUUUGUCUCUGUGACUCCAACCCCACUCUGGUACAGAUGGCCCUCAGGGUCCUCCAGCAAUUGUCCACAGCCAUAGGCUCCAACAUCAAACAGCACAUGAAAGACUUGGGCUUUCCUCUCAUUGCUCUCUUUAGGAAGAGUAAGAGCAGCACGAGAGCUGCUGCCCUGGCUGCUGUGAACACCUGGGCUGCACAGACCAACCUACUGGAGUGGCUGGAUAGGGAAGGCAUUUCAGGGGAUCUAGGGAAGGAAACGCCUUUCCAGAAGGAAGAGCUGGUGCAGUGGCUGGCUGAACAGCUGCCCACCCUCCAGUCAGCUCCCUCAUACCUGCUUCAGUGUGUGCCUCAUCUCUACUCCUGCUUGCAGGACAGCAAUGAGUAUGUGCAGACAGCCUCACAGGCAGCCUUGCCAUUCUUCAUAAUGCACCUUGGUUUUGAGAAGAUGGCUGAAGUCACUAGCCAGCUGAAGUCAUCUGCAAAGGACCACAUACUUGCAAUACUGGAGAAUGCCAAUGACAGUCCACCAAACAACUCUCCUGCUCUUGCUCCUGUCAAAUCACUUUCCAGACAAUCCGGAGUGGCCACUGGGCUCAUCUCCCCAUCAGUCUCAACCUCACCACCUGCAGGAGCAGCCUUCUCUUCACAAAUACCACUUAAAGAGCCAGUACCCAAAAGCAGUGGAGAGGAGAACCAGAGUCCCAAAGAUCUCAAGUCAGGAGGAGCAGUCCUGAAAGACAAGGGUGCAGCCGAGGGGAAGGCACAAGCUAAGUCCACUCUGAAGGAUAGUGACAGUAAACUGGGACCCGUCUUCAUCAUUGUCCCCAGGGGGAAAGAGCAGAGAAUGAGGGAUGAGAAAGGCAACAAAAUGCUGAAGUGGAACUUCACCGUUCCUAGCAACAGGUACGUUGAGCAGCUGAAAACUCAGCUGAGUAACUGUGUGUCCAACAACCUGCAGGUAGAAAUGUUUCACUCCAGCUUCCCACACCACAUCAAAGCCUUGUCCAUAAUGGCCAAGCACUUAGAGGAGGAGAAAGAGGGAGUUAUCAGUUGCUUGGAUUUGAUCCUGAAAUGGUUAACUCUGCGUUUCUUUGACACCAACACGUGGGUGCUUAUCAAGAGCCUAGAGUACCUCGAUUUGCUGCUAACUUUGCUGAGCCAAGAAAAGUAUCAGCUGAUGGAGAAUGAGGCCUCUUACUUAUUCCCAUAUCUGAUCAUGAAGAUGGGAACGUCAAAGGAAGCUGUCCUCAGGUUGGUCCACACUGCCUUGAAGAAGAUAUGCCUGGUCUACCCAGCCAGCAAAGUGUUUGGCUUCCUCAUGGAAGGGGUCAAGUCCAAGAAUGCUAAGCAGCAGGUAGGAUGUCUGGUGGAGAUGGGUUAUCUCCUUGAAGCAUAUGGCCUAGAUAUAUGUGAGCCCAAUCCAGGCAAAGCCUUAAAGAGGAUAGCUGCCUUCCUGAGGGAUGACAACAGUUCUGUUUGCAGUGCUGUCUUAAACAUUUUGGUCAUAGUUUACAAAACUCAUGGGGAAUCCAUGUUCAAAAUGGUUGGGAAUCUUUCUGAAAAACACAUGAAGAUGCUGGGACAAAUUGCAGCACAGAUACCCACUCAGCCAGCAGUCCCUCCAGAGCAGCAUCUCUGUGAAAAACCUCAGCAGGCUUCAAGCACGAGAUCCGAAGCCACCUGUCAGCAGGCAGGAGAUGCACCCUCAAAGUUUGAACUAGCCUGCUCUCAAGAAGGAAAUGUGGGUACAGGGGACACGGUUUCCCAGACACUGCCAUCAGAUGUAGAUGGGGAUAAGAGCAGGCUGAUCACCAAAAGAUCCAGCCGCUUUAAAAUGAAGGAUAUCAUUCAUCUUGACACCAUUCCCGAAUCUCAGAUCCUGUCCUUCCCAAACACUGAUAACACAUCUCACAACCUCACCUUAACUAUUGAUUCCCUUAUUUGUCACGUUAGCAGUGGUGACACUGACACCAGCAUGCAGGCAAUAGUAAAAAUUGAGGAGAUCCUGAGACAGAGUGACAAAGUAGAGACUAUGUCUGGACAUAUUAACCAGUUCCUUCAGAAUAUUUUCCAGCAACUCAAGUUUAUCUACCAACAAAAGGAAACAGAGGAGAAAAUGGGGAAGGAUCAAGUCGUUCUGCUAUGUAGCUACAUCAUCCAAGCCAUGCUGUCUCUCUUUCAGGAGCAGAGACUGGCCCAAGAAGCCACCAUGGAGGUGCUUAAGGAGAUAAUUCACAGUCUCCUUACCUUGUUGUUGCACUCCCUGGUGGAGGAUCUGGAGGAAGAUCAGAAGCUCAUACAGUCCAUUAAUCUCCUCCUGAAGAGGAUUUUGGAAAAAUCUGACCGGACAAGAAUCUUCCGUGCCUUGCUCAAGCUGCUCCAAGACAACCUGAUCACCAAGGGCAGCCCAGACAAAUUCUCUGACCUACUGGGCAAGUGCCUGUGGAGAGCCACACGGCUUCUCCCAGGCACCAUCAGCACCAUCAACCUGGACGAAAUCCUGCUGGAUGUCCACGUACUCAUGAAGGCUCUCCCGGAUGAGAAAAUGAGGCAGUGCACAAACAAACUUCCACUGCGAGCUCUGAAAACUCUGCUACACACCUUGUGCAAGCUGAAAGGUGUGAGGAUCCUGGAACAUCUCACCCUGAUUGAGGAUCCGUCUGAGUCUGAGGUAGAAGCCUAUCUGCGAAAGGCAAUCAGACCUCUUCCUAAGCAAGCGACAAAUGAAACAACUGUAGGGACAGGGAAGGGGAUCCCUCAAGAAACUUCAAAGGUUGAAAAGGACAAAGCAUGUGAUGUCUUGGAGGGCAUCUUCCAGAAGAUUUGCUCCAAGGAAAGCCUGAGAGAAGGUCUGGAGGAAUUAUAUGAAUAUAAGAAAAAAUGCCCUGAAGCAAGGUUGGAGCCUUUCCUAGGAAAUCUCUCUCUCUUCUUGCAGAGUUAUGUAAAGCAAGGCCUGGCCAUCAUUGAGACAGAGCAGGAAACUAGCGAGCACAUUUCUCCUCCUUCCUCAGGGAUAUCCCCUCAUGUGGAAAGAUCUCCCCUUAGACCAACAGUGACCCCAGGAGGGAUCACAAAAGAGGAUGAGGCAACACCAUCACAACACUUGGAAAACCUGCCAUUUGCCAGGCGGCAGCAACAUGAGCUUGAGAACAUGAUGGUCCACAGCAGACCCUCUGUCAGCCAGCUCCCCUUGGAGAAGGAGGAUAUUGUGCCUCUAACUCCCUUCCAAAGAUGUACAACAGCAAGAUCCUUAAGGACGUGA